AUGGCGAUAAUUAAUGUAAUUGUUUCGUUACUGGCGUCUUGUGUUUGCCUGUUUGCUGCGUCACACAGUUGGGCACUAGCUGAUGCUGAUUCACAGCCAGGGAGCCUUCCUUGGUGGAAGACGACCAUCAUUUACCAGGUCUACCCUCGUUCGUUUAAGGACACAGAUGGAGAUGGCGUUGGCGAUAUUCAAGGGAUAAUCUCCGAGCUGCAACACUUCAAGUACAUCGGGGUAGAAACCAUCUGGUUAAGUCCCUUCUACAGCUCGCCUCAGGUUGACUUUGGCUACGAUAUCUCGGAUCUGAAAGACGUGGACCCAAUCUUUGGGAACAUCGCGGAUUUCAGACAGCUUGUCGAAGAAGCUAAAAAGCUUGGACUCCGUAUCCUAGUGGACUUUGUGCCCAACCAUACUAGUGAUCAACACGUAUGGUUUCAGCGGAGCGUGCAGAAGGAAGGCAAGUACAGAGAUUACUACGUGUGGACAGACGGGAAUACUUUGGCAAAUGGAACUAGAGUCCCGCCAAACAACUGGUUGAGUGUCUUUGGUGGAUCUGCCUGGAGAUGGAGCGAUGAAAGAGAGCAGUUCUAUCUGCACCAGUUCGAUCCAGCCCAGCCUGACCUGAAUUACCGAAACCCGGAUGUCAAGGAAGAGAUGUUGCUUGCAAUGCGCUACUGGCUGGACUACGGCAUUGAUGGGUUAAGAAUGGACGCCAUCAACCAUGUUUACGAGACGACCAAUCUCUCGCUGGACAACCCUUUGUCUGGAAACGAUGUCCUUCCUGAUAACUACGGGUACUUAACUCCCUUGUAUACGAGUUACCUUCUCCCGGAAACCAAAGAACAAAUCCAGAGUUGGCAAAAUCUGCUCGAUGAAAUGGAAAAGAUUGACGGAGAGGAAAGAUUCAUGGUGUUGGAGUUUUAUACCGACUCAAAUACAAGAGCGCAGAUGGCGGAAUAUGGUGCUCACCCGUUCAACAUGGACAUGGUCGCUGGUUUAACGAUCCCGCUAUCGGCCAAGCAAAUUAUGGAUCUCAUUUCUAAGGAAUAUAAAAACAAGCCCGACUCCUACUGGCCGACGUUUGUGGUAGGGAACCACGACAAACAUCGAACAGCGAGCAGAUACGGCCGCCGGUAUGUGAAUGCCUUCAACCUGUUGUUGAUGACUCUGAAAGGCACUCCGACCACCUACUAUGGAGAAGAGAUUGGGAUGGAGGACAUAACUCUGACAUACCAGCAGACCAAAGACCCUCCCGCAAUCAAAGCUGGGCCGGAUCGCUAUUUGGAAGUGUCCAGAGAUUUGAACCGUUCUCCGAUGCAAUGGACGGCAGGGUACCAGGCGGGCUUUUCUUCUGGGAACCAGACAUGGCUGCCGGUACAACAGAACUAUACCGUUUAUAAUGUGGAG